CUUAAAGACAUAUACUUAUGACAAAUGAAGGUCUUGUAGAGCUUUGCUUUACUACCAUGCACUCAACCAUCUUAGCGGCUUUAGCCAUAAGCACCUUUUUCGCACUUGCAACAGCUUCCAACACAACACUUUUAAUAGGUGAUCGCAACCAGACAGCCGCAAUACACCCAACUUGUCGUUGUAAAUCUCCUGUAUGCCAGCCAUAUACCCGAGGGAUAGUUGACUUCACUGCCGCCUUACGAGCAGCAAAUAGCGUUCCUAAGGGAGCAUGUAUAUUCAACCCAGCACUCCUUCGCAUAGAGCAGAACUUGUACUGCGUCUUCGUUAGAGUCUACACGGCGUCCAGCGAUGAAAGGCGUUGUGUGCCUGGCCGGCUUGACCGCCCGCCGUUCAUGGAUGCAUGGAAUGGAACUUUAGCGAACAUGCUGGCGGUGAUCCGAAUACGGAGAACGCGGCAGGGUGGAGAUGUCUCAGUCACCAUGGUCGGCCAUCGUUACUUCCAUGACAUAAACUAUGAGGACGGGCGCCUUUUUCGUGACCCCGGGGGUCGCAUAUUCCUAUACCUGGCCAUACCUUUUGGCAAGUACGGGGGAGCACGCGCAGCAGUUAACACCGCCCAGCGUGUCUUCCUCACAUGCCGCAACGCACCUACCUUUGCGUGCGCCAUCAAGCUGGGCCCGCCCCGAAUGCUACGGUACGACAAGAGCAUCGCAUGGGAGAAGAACUGGGUACCUUGGAACGGGACAACCCUCAUGUCCUAUUCCCACUAUGGGGUGUUCGGCCCGCACUCCGUCUUCAAUUGGUCUUCCUACCGCGAGCCUGUCCCCCAUGCUCGCUUCGUCUCAGUCGCCAACCAGUCAUUCUUCUCCACGUGGACUGCGACGUACGGCAAGCUCAUUCAGCUUUCUGGGGGAACCCCGGCAAUACUGGAGCCAUCUGGGUCAUCCUUCCUUGCCAUGGGACACGUGCGGAUCCACCCUGGAUGCCUGCACCCCAAUUCCAUACCUGGACUUGAUCAGCUACUGGGGGAUAAGGUCCGGACCAACUGCCACCACUUCCUGAAACUACCUCAGAACCUGAAGAAGGAUAUCCCCUUCCGUUCGUUCAUGUACAGGAAUGCUGAUGGCAACACGAGCAAGCACUACCACGUCGAUUACGGGAUGUUCUUUUACCGGUUCAGCGCUGAGCCGCCGUACAGCAUAACCCACAUCAGCCACGGCAUCUUGCCGCCUUCCGAGGGGCACUUUGGCAUCGUGUUCCCAACAGGGCUGGAACGCAUGGGCUCAGACUACGUGGUCUCCUACGGCGAUGCGGACCAAGCCUCCAAGCUGAUGUUCCUGAGUCAGGGUGACGUCGACAAGCUGCUGAUUCCGCUGGUGGAAAUGGAGAAGCGCAUUACGUCCUUCUCGCUGUGCACGUUGCCCUUGUUCGUGGGCAACUCAUCGACGCCAGAGCCCGAGCUCGUGACGGUGUAAACGGAGGCUGCUAGGGGUAUACGCAAGGGCAGGCGAGGUGGCGGCCCCGGAGUCCUGUCCUGGAGCACGAGUGCAUGGCACGAGUUAGACAGCUCCACGAAGCGAGAGAGGGCGUUUUUGAUACUGUGAGGAUAGGCAUUUUUGCCGUUGACGUGGGUUGGACGCAGGUUGUACGACCAUGAUAGGCAUUGCUUCAAGAGGAAGGCAUGUUAGAUGUCAUGCUGCAAUAGGGUAGGUUAUUAAUGUAGGGUAGGGUUGUGAAUGCCAUUACAGCGUGGGUGGUGCCGUAUGAGGUCCACCAUCCUGUCCCCGUGCGCUGCUACGGCAUGGAUGGUUCCCAACUGCCCAUGGGGGGAUGUCCUAGAAUACCAGAAUGUCAUCACAUGGAAAGGAUCAGGCAGAUGGCACUUAGGCAGCCAAAGGUGGGUGUAGGCUUGUGGGCCGUGUGAUAAACCGCAGAUGUUCCAUGUGGCAUUGUAUGUGAAGGUGCCAUAUGUGCGUUAAGGCUUGGCACGGCACUUGUCGUCUUACAACGCGUGGGUUUCCUCCUACAAACCCUGCUAGCUGAGCUUGUUAAGCAGGGAAGGGAGCCGUGAUGUGGUAUCACUGCACUAUGCGGCACUGUGGUGCGUGUUCAUGGGACAGUUUGGCAACACAUCACAUUCGAGAACUGCGUGCUGCCAUUUCUAUGUGGGCCCGGACUGCUCGGAGGCGGCUCAGUCGUGAUCCGCCUGCCCGUGCUCCCUUAUGUUUCCGGUACUGCUGCUGUUCUGAUACAGCUCUCAUCUAUGCGGUACCUUUCUAGUGUCCAGAGCGUGCGUGCGUGGAGUGCCUUGUUCGCGGCAACUUUGCGAUUUAAGCUAUGGAGUUAUGUGGGGAAAGAGGCCGGGGAAGUCAUGGUGUCUAGGUGCGGGGCGAGAGCUUAGGUGAUGGCCUUCUUAGCAGCCCGUGUACAUGGGGCGGGAAGCUCGUGCGUUAAGAAGGACUGGCCGUGAGCAAGAACGUACUGUGAGUGUCGGGAUAUGGAGCUCGUGUGCAUGUGGGGCUUCUCUCAUCGCCCACUAGUUAGGUAGCACGUUUGAGAACGCCUCGGCUUGUGCACGAGCAACGGGCACAGCGAGGCCUUGUGGCUGGCUGGCGGGCAAACCAGGCACGCUUAUAGUCUUUAGGUUGCAUGGUCUAGCGAAAUUCGGUAGGCUUUCUGGAAGGAGUGUGACCCUGCUGUGGUUAGGGAUGGUGAAGAGGCGUGCGGCAUGCGUCCGACAUCGUAUGUCGCUGUCCUGGCGAGGCAGUGGUCACCCCGCUGGAUGGCAUGCAAGGUCUGCACCUCUGCGGUAAGCAACGACCUUGACCCACAUUACAUGAUGCUAGAUUGAUGGUGCUAGAUUGGAAUCACCGCGGGAUUGUGAUGUUUUACUGAGCUGGUGGCGAAUAGUCAACCACGCUGCAUGCCAGCCUGGAUGAACUGGUUGGGCACGCACCCAUACGCGCACCCCAAGCCAGUGGGAAUCGGCCACAUGGAACAAAGCACUCCAUGCCACGCCGACAAGCAACCCCCACCCGACACGCGGGGGAGCCGCAACAAUAGCCAACCCACUGGAAACAGUGGGGACCGCAAUCAGAAGGGC